GAAAAACGUGGUGUUGUAUUUGCAAUUUUCACGGUCCUGCCGCCUCCGCCUCACCAGAGCGGGGGUCUCGCGCGCGGCCGCGGCCUCCUCGCCGCUCGGUGCUCGUCGCUCAUCUACGGCCUAGCUGGUAAAGUGUAUUCCAUUGGGAGAAGCAAUGUCUGGAGUAAUAACUAAGUUCGCUGUUACAUCGAUGUUCAUGUGGAUGGCCCCAGUUGCAAUUAUGUAUGGGUUCUACCACCGGAUUUUUCCAGGUAUUAGUCAGCUUUCAUCCUCAGCGCAAACUCUGGCCAGUGGGUUCCUUGCUGUCAUAUCAGUUAAUAUUGUGAUUGGCUUCUACAUAUACUCCGCGAUGAAGGUGGCUCCUUGCCAAGAGCCACAACCUGAUGCAACCUUCUUAGCGAAUGCUAAAGCAAGUAUUAACCAGCCAGCAUCUUCUCAAGUGAGUGAUGAUUCCAACGGGAAGGGGAAGGUGGAGUAGGCAAUAACACAACUUGACUUGGGUUUUCUUUCCAGUAUACACAUGUUAUUCAGAAUCAGUUGUGUUAUGUGCAUAAAGCAACAUCACUGCCAUUCAUUAGAUGCACCGCUGUCAGUUUUGAGAACUAUGAAGCCAGAACAUAAUAUUCCGUAUGUUUAACUCUGCGCUUGCCUGAACUCGUACUGAAGCAAUGUGUCCUUGCUAGAGGAGUUUGUUUGCAAACCUUAACUAGUGAAUUUGUGUUUUCUCCCUGAAACAACUAUCUCUCAUAUCAUUGCUGUGUAUUCUUUCGGUGAUUUGUCGCUGUUAAAUAUAUUAUGUUGAUUAUCAUUGGAAGGGAAAGAUU